AUGCCGAACAUCGGAGGCCCCUGCGGAUGGAAACGUAAGCUGCUCGGAACCGUGGUGGACAGCCAGCUGCUGUACGCCACACCCGCGUGGAUCGGCAAGGCAACCGUCGCGGCCAGGACCAGAGCGAACAUGAUCCGCCAGCAGAGAGCGGUCGCGUUGAGGACCAUCCGCGCUUACCGCUCAGUCUCAGACGAAGCCACCCUGGUACUGGCCUCGACGGUUCCUGCGGACCUACUCGGCCUCGAACGGAAGAGGAUCCAGUCCCGCCUCGCCACUGAAACGGCUCCUGGGGCGCUACGACCCUCCAAAGCGUCCGUCAGAAGGGAGGAGAGAGCCCGAACUAUCGAGGCAUGGCAGCAGAGAUGGGAGGCCACCAGUAAGGCGUCCUGGACCAAACGGCACUGUCGGGACACGGAUGCUUCCAGGAAUACCAGCCCCAUGUGUCUCCAGUGUCUGAGCCAUGAGGACACUGCCGAGCACACCCUGACGGAGUGCCCCAACUGGAGCGCGUUCCAGGUCCCUCUGGCCACUCAGCUGGGCCACAGUCCGACCGCAGCCGACAUCGGCGACAUCGUGUGCGGCCCCCCCUUCGACCAGCUCCCGGCGGACGAAGACGAGAAGCGGGCGAUCCUGAUGCAAGCGGAGGAAACGUUCCAGUUGUCCUAUCGGAUGAUUGAAGACAUCCUGACAGUGAAGGAGGACGAGGAGAGAGCCCGCCAAGCAGCAGAGCCAGCCGACGGACCAGACGUCAGAUAA